GAGAGAGGAACAGACAGCGGCCAGGAUGCUAAAUCUGCUGGUGCUGCUGCUUCUGGACCUAACCGGUCCGGGUCACGCGGCCCCCGCCCCAGGCCCGGCAGUGGAGCGAGCAGGCAUCGUGGGGGGCCAGGAGGCGGCUGGGAGCAAGUGGCAGUGGCAGGUGAGCCUGCGGUUCCAGCUGCAGUACUGGAUGCACUUCUGCGGGGGCUCCCUCAUCCACCCCCAGUGGGUGCUCACCGCGGCGCACUGCGUGGGACCGGACAUCAAAGACACCGCGGACAUCCGGGUGCAGCUGCGAGAGCAGCACCUGUACUACCAGGACCGGCUGCUGCCCGUCAGCAGGAUCAUCGUGCACCCCAACUUCUACUCCGUCCAGGACGGGGCGGACAUCGCGCUCCUGGAGCUGCAGGACCCUGUGAACACCUCCAGCCGCGUCCACACGGUCACCCUGCCCCCUGCCUCAGAGACCUUCCCCUCGGGGACGCCGUGCUGGGUGACAGGCUGGGGCGACGUGGACAAUAAUGUGCACCUCCCGCCACCGUUCCCCCUGAAGGAGGUGGAAGUGCCCAUCGUGGAAAACGGUGACUGUGACCACAAGUACCACACGGGCCUCUCCACGGGGGACGGCGUCCACAUCGUCCGUGAAGACAUGCUGUGUGCA